GAGUGUGUAACUAGCAGAAAUCAACAAAUAUUUCUUUGGUUUGGUUUAUGAUUCGUGAAAGUCGAGGUUCUUUGUUUCUUCUCCCAACAUAACUGAAUCAGGUAAUAUCGUAUUAGUAUUUUAUUUUCAAUCUGUUACUUUUUCCUUUGGUUUUCUUACUAUAAAGAUUUUAAACUUUGCACUAUCAUCUAUGAUUAAUAUGAUUUCAUACAUGGUGUGUAUGAUUUUACUAUAAGAUUCAUUGACCCACUUGAUCCAAUGGUUGUAAAACAUGCUCUAUUGUGGACCACCUAGGUUGAUAAGGUUUUGUUUGUUGAUGUAUCUGUGGUGUAAAAUGAAUUGAGAAAGAUGUUUUAUGGUACAAUUGUCUAAUUCCACAACGUUGAAUAGUUUCAUUGUAUAAUUACAAAGUGAAAAGCAAAAAAAAGAAUGUUGAAGACAAUUCUAGGUUGCUGCAAAGUAUAUAUAUCAGAAAGCAGAAACAAGAGUGCAUUGGAAUCAAUUGAAAAAGCUGCUAAGUUUUUUCCAUUAGCACCAAUAAUUAACAAGUUUGAAGAUGUGGCUUACAAUAGAGUUGGUUACACUCUUGUCUCUGAAUUGGAUUCAGUGUCUAGUGGAAAGUCAUCAUGUGAUUUGACAAAUGCUGUGUUGGCUAUGGUAAAAGCUGCAUUUGAUAAUGUUGAUUUUGAGGUUCAUAGUGGAACUCAUCCUAGACUUGGUGUUGUUGAUCAUAUAUGUUUUCAUCCCUUGGUUGAUGCUUCAUUGGAUCAAGCUGCUAGGACUGCAAGGUGUUUAGCUAGUGACAUGGGUUCUAGUUUGGAAGUUCCUACUUUCUUAUACGGAGCAGCACAUGAAGAGGGGAUGAAACUUGAUUCAGUCAGAAGAGCAUUUGGUUAUUUCAAACCAAAUUCUAGCGAAAACCAGUGGAUUGGCAUGCAAAGGUCAGACACUUUGCCCUUGAAACCGUAUAGUGGUCCAUCUCAAGUGAUUCCAACAAAAGGUGUUGUGGUCAUUGGAGCAACCAGAUGGGUUGAUAACUACAAUGUCCCUCUGUUAUCUUCUGAUAUUAGCGCCGUACGCAGAAUUGCAAAACGGAUUAGUGGAAGAGGCGGUGGACUUGCUUCGGUACAGGCUAUGGCACUGACACACGGAGAAGGUAUCAUUGAAGUAGCUUGUAACUUGUUGGAUCCAAAGAAUGUUGGUGGUGAAAGAGUGCAACAAGAAGUUGAACAACUUGCAAAGGAAGAAGGUAUUUCUGUUGAUAAGGGAUACUACACAGACUUUUCACAGGAAGAAAUUGUUAAAAGUUACUUGGAGCUGUUUGAAGAGAGAAUUUGAUGUGGGAAAAUUAUUACUUUCUCAUGCACUGAGAAGGUUUGUUCCAUCUGGUGAAUUUUUAUUCCAGUGUCAAAUUGGCCCUUCCUUGAAAGCAAAAUUUAUGGACUAAUUUUUCAUAUAAAGAGCAUUCUUAAUAUUUUUUCACCUCAUUUUUCAAGUGAUCAUUAUUUUACUGAUCCUAAAAGAGUUCAUUCACAAUUCUCACAUGCCUUCCAGUUCUGAUUAUCCUUCCGAAAUGUUCUAUGUACUGAAACAUCAAAUGAUAAGUGAAUCAAUGAACCAAAGCCUUAUUGAUACAUCUCAGCUGGCAAGUUUGGUAAUGGAAAUUACUCAUCAUAGUGUUAGUCUGUCA